CGAACCAAUUUUGAAUGUAGCUCUGGUUCUUUUCUCUACUCGUUCCGUUUCAACAACAGUUGUAAACUUUCUGUAACAAUCAUUCGAAUAAACCAAAACAACAAACAAUAAAUACUCUGCGUUAAUUUGCGAGUUAUCGUAAAUGCGACUGUAUUAAUAUUCUUCGUUAGUGUUCCCGUUGUGUGCAUGGAAAUUAGUGUUUGAUUCGUUGAAGUGCGUAUUUAUAUGAUGCCCGCUUCUUCACUGUAUUCGCUAAGUCCCGGCGACAUGUCGAUAUCUGAUGAUGGAGAAAUCGACGGAAACGACUACUUGCUAAGCAGCACUAUUCGGUUAGAUGAAAAUUUUUUAACCUACAAUGUUAUUGUGGACCCGGACAUGACGAUGGCCGCCUGCAACAACUCCCUGACGGCCACGCUGAGCAACGUCAGCGGAGGCGUCAACGCCAUCAGCCAGCAAUGCGCCAUUUGCGGAGACAGGGCCACCGGCAAGCACUACGGCGCCGCCUCCUGCGACGGAUGCAAGGGCUUCUUCAGGAGAUCCGUCAGGAAGAAUCACUUGUACACCUGCAGAUUUAACAGGAGUUGCGUGGUGGAUAAAGACAAACGGAACCAAUGUCGAUAUUGUAGAUUAAGGAAGUGCUUCAAAGCUGGUAUGAAGAAAGAAGCUGUGCAAAACGAAAGGGACAGGAUCAGCUGCAGGAGGCCCAGCUACGAAGAGAACAACCAGAACAACGGGCUCUCGGUCAGUUCGCUUUUGAACGCCGAAAUGCUGUCCAGACAAGUCGGAGCGGCUCUAGAGCAAAUGGGUCCGAAUCCGGUGAACGAUUACGACAUAUCGAAUCGGCAAUUGGCUAGCAUAAACGACGUAUGCGAUUCCAUGAAGCAGCAAUUGCUGAUCCUUGUCGAAUGGGCUAAAUACAUACCUGCGUUCACAGAAUUACAGCUCGACGAUCAGGUGGCCCUGUUGAGAGCACACGCGGGGGAGCACCUUCUGCUUGGUCUCGCCAGGAGAUCCAUGCACCUUAAAGACGUCCUUCUUCUCGGCAACAAUUGUAUAAUUACAAAGGAAUGUCCAGAAAAUACCGCAGUUUUCAUACCAGAACAUCGUAACAUAUCCCCAGAUUUAAGCAUCUCUCGUGUGGGAUCCAGGGUCAUUGAUGAAUUGGUCAAGCCUUUGACGGAGGUCCAAAUCGACGAUACGGAAUUCGCCUGCCUUAAGGCCAUCGUAUUCUUCGAUCCCAAUGCCAAAGGUCUGAGCGAACCGGGCCGCAUCAAAGCGCUCAGAUAUCAGAUACAAAUCAACCUCGAGGACUACAUCAGCGACCGCCAAUACGACAGCAGAGGCAGAUUCGGCGAGCUCCUGCUCACUUUACCGCCCCUGCAGUCGAUCACAUGGCAGAUGAUCGAGCAGAUACAAUUCGCCAAAUUGUUCGGCGUCGCCCACAUCGACAGCUUAUUGCAGGAGAUGCUCCUCGGAGGCGCAAGUAUCGACGCGGCUCCGACCAUCGUGGUGCCGAACAACAACAACCUCACCAACAACAACAAUUACCAGAGCACCAGCGAUUCGGCCGAUAGCCCCAUCACUUCGCCGACGGCGACGCCGAGCAGUCCGCAGGAUCAUUUGAUCACCAGCAACGUGGCCAGUCCGCCGGGCCCCCAGAACACGACCAACGUGCUCACCAUGAGAGACAUAACUUCCCUGGACGAUACUGUGCCGUACGCCAUGUCGUUUAAAGAGGAGCCGCUCAAAGAGGAACAACACAGUUUCUGA